UCGCUGCAGGUAGUAGCUCCAUUCAAGCAGCGCAUCCAGAGGAAGUCCUUACUCCAGAGUCGGCAGCCGAGCAGCCAGUGCCACCAGGAGCCAAUCCUAGACCAAGGAAAAAGUGUGAAAUAUGCUACUGAAUGUUUUGUUCAAGUUUGAAACGGAAAGCGAGAAACGAAACCGAAAUACGAAAAGUGCACAACCCGAAAUGAUGCUAAAAUAAAUAAUACAAAAAAAUCCCUAUAAAAAACCCAGAGGAGCAGCAACUUUUACUAGAAAUUUGCAUCGGAAGCUCCGAGUUCUGCCGAAGAACAAGCAGAGUGUCAAUUUAUGCAGCCAUAAAAGUUAAGGGGAAGCUCGAGGACACCGAAAAAGCAAAAGGAGUUCCGGUACUUGCCAGUCGCAGCAUUAGAGGACGUGCCCGGCAUGCCAACAUGAUGUAGUAGACGGCAAUCCUCAGCAAGGACAACUCAACGAGACUCAGACGCAGGCUGUUGCUCUGGUGAUGCCCCAUUUCUAUUGCCAUCGACUUGCUUGCGCCUCCGAGCCUUGAUAAGAAAACGCCUCGAGUCUGGACCAAUUUAUAAUCGGGCCAAAAAACAUAACGAAUUGGGUAGGCAAAUCCCGGUCGCGAGUUUCCAAGUGAUUAAUUUCACAAAAAGACGACGGGCGCAGAGAAACAACUUGAGCCAAUUACACCGACGAGGCAGAUAAGAAAAAGCCAGAUGCCGCCAUGAGUUUCCUCAGCUCCAUGCAGCAAUAUGUAACAAGUGGCAUCUCGAGUUUGGGCCUUGGCAACCGCCGCUUCUCGCUCUCGCGCCAGGAGUCCAGUGAGCAGCAGUCGGGGAUCGGAGGCGCCACACCUGGCGGCCUCGUUUCCGGUUCGCAGCAGCAGGUGCCGUUUCCGCAGCAGCAAUUGCAGCAGCAGCAGUCACUUCCGCAGCAGCAGCAGCAACAGUUGCUGUUGCAACAGCAGCAGCAGCAACAACAGCAGCAGCAGCAUGGGCACGCCCCCUUGCAGCAGCAGGCGAGCAUUGGCAGCGGACUGGGCGUAUACGGCACCCCCGCCCCGCCCACCGGCGUGGUGGCAAGUGCGGGGGGCGGCAGUAAUUACCCCUCCGGAGGCGUGGUAAUCGGCAAUCCAAAUGCCACCAAUCCAUUACUGGGCUACCCCAAAAUACCAGGUGGCUCUGGGGGACCGGGCAGUCCUUCGACAUCCGCCUCCGGAGGGGGUGGUGGCACGCCCCAGUCGCGUCGGCAGUCGCGGGCGCUUGAGUGCCUGGCCCCGCCCCGCACCGGGUCCUUCCGGCAGCGCAACUCGCCGCUGCACCAGCCGGAUCCGCCGCCCCGUCCGCCGCUGGCCUUCUGCAAGCGCCGGCUGAGCUGGCCCGAGGUGGACCCUCGCUCCAAUUCCGGGGUUCAGGAAACGGAUGGGUCGUACUUCGAGAACUUUACAUCGCUCGGCUGGAAACGUGAAAAUCGUCGCAUGUCGGCCACGCGUGCCGCCGAGGCACGUGCCGAGGCUAAUCCCGAGAACGAACGUGAUCCGCCGGCGAGCGAGGAGUCCAUUGACCGCCAGGACGAGAAGGAGAAGCUGUACGCGGAGGUCCUGCACACCAUUGCCAACACGGUGGGCGCCCCGGCUCCAGGUGGCCAGUUUGCACAUUACAAGGACGAAAUGUAUCUGCACGCACAGCGCGCCUUCGGUGUCAAUCCGGAUCGUCAUUAUCGCCUGCUGCACGCCUCCGCCGAAGAUAAACCAAAGAUAAUCGUACUCUCUGUGGUGGUAAUCGAGGCUGAUGGCCUCGAGGCAAAGGAUGCCAAUGGUUUCUCGGAUCCGUACUGCAUGCUGGGCAUCCAGCCGGACGAGAACGGCGGUCCGCCCGUGUCGCCGCUGCCGCUGCCGCCGACGCCGCGCGCCCUCUCGGCGGACAUGAGCGGCGGCUUUGAUAACAGCGCCACGGACUCGCCGCCGCACCGGAAGCACAGCUUCCGGCUGAGCUUCAAGCGGCGGGAGGCGGGACGGCGGGAGCAGCGCGACUCACUGGGCGGACCCGUGCCGGCCAAGCUCAUCAAGGCGACCAGCAUCAAGCCCCACACGCUGACCCCCAAGUGGAACGAGAAGUUCAAAUUCGACAUUGAUGACAUCAAUACGGACACCUUCCACCUGGACAUUUGGGACCACGACGACGAAAGCUGCGUCAUGGACGCCGUCUCGCGACUGAAUGAGGUCCGUGGAGUCCGCGGACUGGGGCGCUUCUUCAAGCAGGUGUGCCAAUCGGCUCGCCAGGGCUCCCAGGACGAUUUCCUGGGCUCCGUGAACAUUCCGCUUUCCGAAAUCCCAUCCACCGGACUGGAUGCUUGGUUCAAGCUGGAGGCACGCAGCCACCGGAGCACCGUUCAGGGUCGAAUCCGGCUCAAGAUGUGGCUCUCGACACGCGAGGAUCGGAGCACCGUGAGCGAGGAGAACCACGAGCAGCAGAUCCACAAGGUGGAGCAGCUCCAACGGGUGUUCAUGCAGCACGAGGUGACCACGCACGAACCCUCGUGGACCUGGUGCGGGGAUCUCCCGGGUCCAGCUCUCACCAUCCUUCAUCAGCUGGCCGUGCAGGGGGACCUCUCGGACCUGCACUGCGCCAUGGCCAGAUAUGUGGCUGCGGCUAAACUAAACAGGUCCACUCCGCUGGACCCCAAAUUCCUCCACCGCCUCCUCAGCGAUGUGGAGAAGCAGUGGAAUCAGCCCAACCAAGAGGCUCUCAGUCGAGACUUGGAGCAGUGGCUGGCGGAUGCCAUGAAUGGCUUCGUGGAGCGCUCCCUCAACCAAAUCCGUCGGCACCGGGACAUCUUCCCCGCCCUGAAUCCCCCCUCGCUGAUUCGCCUGGAGUUCCUGCUGCGCUGCCUGGGACUCCUGGGCUCGAUGAGGGCCUUCCGCGCCGUGUGUCCCUUCAACAAGGGCGUGCGUGGCGAGGUGGUCAACGCCCUGCGCAAGGGAUCCGUCAUGUGGGGCCAGACCGUGCUGCGGGAGUCGCAGGGACUGCCCAAUCCAUUAUCGAAUUUCGUUACCACAUUAACGGCCGACAUUCAGCUGGGCCAGACGUACUACCAUGCCCUUUUCGACAACACGAAUGGGAUUCAGUACUUCAGCAUCAUCUACAAACAAUACGAUGCGAUGGUGGGCGAGGAGGUGUACAGCCGGAUGGCCGCUGGCCAGGUGCCCGGCGUGCGAAUGAACCUCUCCCAGUACGCCGUGCUCGAGGGCGAUGCCGAGCCGGUGGACACCAAGCCGUUCGAGCUCUUCCUGGCCCUGCAGGAGUUCUGCCAGCUGAAGCGACACCUGUCCGCCCAGCCGCAGCCGCCGGAGAAGCCGCUGGCGCUGAGCAACAGCCACGAGUGGUUCAUACCCACGCUGGAGCGCUGGAUGAUGGUGAGCAAGGCGAAGGCGCUGCAGAGGAUCAGGGCGGCCAUUCGCAUGGAUGCCAUCUGCGAGGGCGAGCGCAUUGUGCGGUACAGCAGCUCCUCGGUGGACACGGCCAGCACGCUGCUGAACAUCAAGGAGUUCUGGAAGGUGAUGAACUGGCCGGACGAGGACACGGCCAUCAUGAUGGAGUCGCAGCUCAUCGACGUGGUCUGCUCGGCAGCCAUGCACUAUUGCGAUCUGAUCCACACCGCUCUGGCGGACAGUGGCUACUAUGAGCAGCAGGGUCCAUUCCGGUGCUCCGAUGACAUGUGCGUCACCGUGAACAACGUGGAGUAUGUGCGUCGCACUCUGGCGGAGUUCCGAUCCGAUGAACAGCCACUGGAGGAGUCGGCCGACAACCUCCUGGAGUCCAGUCUCACCCACAUGGAGAACCGGUGUGAGAGAAUCCUUUCGAAGCUGGCUCCUCUCAUGCAGAUGUCCCUGCAGAAGGCCAUGUUCCAUCUGGCCUGGUCACCCGACUCCCUGCCCGCAAAUCAAGCUAUUGUCCCUCUGCUGGAGUACCUGGAUUGCCACCUGGCUGCCCUGAACAGCGCCCUGCUUACCAAGAACUUCAACCGAUCGCUAAGGUUCAUUUGGAAGACUGUCCUGGGAGAGAUGUCGCGGCAAAUGGAAACCGGCGAUGAGACGGACAAGCCGACCCAUUUCCACAAGCGUCUCUAUGAGGCUCUGCAGCUGCUCAUCGACUUCUUUCACGCCGAGGGUCAGGGACUGCUCCUGGAGUGCCUGCACACCGAGGACUUCUGGCGCAUCGAGCAGAGGCUCCAGUUCCACAAAACGGACACGGAUCGGCUCAUCGACAUGUUCUACAUGCAGCGUCUCAGGGAGCAGCUGAUGGCCGUCAUGCCGUCUCCCUAUGGAUCGCUGGCCGUGAGGGCCUACUUCAACCACGACUCGCUGUGCGUGGAGGUGCUCCAUGCCCGCGAUGUGGUGCCCCUGGAUCCGAAUGGCUUCAGCGAUCCCUUCGUGGUCAUCGAACUGCUACCCCGUAGGAUAUUCCUGCACUGCAUGGAGCAGCAGACCAAUGUGCACAAGCGCACUCUUAACCCCGUUUUCGACGAAUGCUUCGAGUUCUCGGUGACCCUGGAGCAGUGUCUAACAGAGGGUGCCAUGAUCUGCUUCACGGUGAUGGACCAUGACGUUCUGACGGCCAAUGACUUCGGCGGCGAGGCCUAUUUGGCUCUGGGAAACAUUCCCGGAGUGGCUGACUACAGCACGAGUGUGGACAACUUCCACGGGCUGAAGCAAAUCGAACUGCCCCUCAUGGAGCAGAAGGACAAAUGCAAUCCCAUUUUGCAAAUCCUCGAGGUGCGAAUCAACGACAAACAGGCGCAGGACUUUGUGCGCAAGCAGAAAGCGCGAUUUAUCAAUUGAUUUUAAGAAGGAUUUAACCGAAAACAGGACUACCGAACGAAUCGUUUGCAAAACGUUUUGAGCCCCGGCGAAAGGGCGGAUCGAGCAAUGUAAUUGCAUCGAUGGCGACGACGAUGAUAACUUAACCAAAGCUAAAUUGUAACCAAUCCAGCAUUGUAUGUAUUGUACUUAAUCUAGUUGUUUGAAAAAAAGACUCCCCCUUCUCUUCAGUUUGUAAAUGUUAGCGAAGAAUCGAAAUUCAAAUGGUGCAAAAGUGACGAGUAACACAAAUGUGGGAGCCCAGGCUCCCAGCUCUACACUAAAAGUUGCUUGGACUAAACUACGGAUAAAUUUAAACACACAAUUUAGGGACUUAUUAGAAGCCUAGCAUUGCUGAAAUUGUCACAAUUGGGCAAUCAAAGACAAGUAAUUAGCCAACAAAGCCACUAGAACAAGCGAACACACUAAACUCGAGCUACCUACUCCAGCACCCAGAUGCGUUUUGAAGACUUUUACCAGAAACACGAUUGAGAUAUAAAAACAGGAGCAUCCCUGAAUACUCGCAAAUAUCACAUAUACACAAAACAUUUUUUGGGUCAAUUUAAACUUUACGAAUAUAUCAGCAACAUGUAUACCUAAAUAUACAAAAACAAGUCAGCAUCUUUUGUAUCAAACGUCAAGAAACAAUCAAAAUCUGCGUAACUCUGAGCUUCUUUGAAACCCCCCAAGAUAUACUAACACACGAAACAUAAUCACCACCAGACAUACAGGAUAAAGCUAUUUACAAUACUGAUAGUUAUGAGAUAUGUGUACAUGAUUUGUACAUUUUAUAUCACGCCCAAAGGACAGUGUAACUAAGUCUAAAGUAUAUUUGUAAACUAUUUUCUGAGCACGGAUUUUGUAUAAAUUUAUUAGACACGCGCUUGUCCCCCGAGAGGCAGCCUUCAGCUCUUUUGCUUAUACACACUUAGGGCUUUUCCCCCCCAUUUAACCCAUGACCACCCCCCACAACUUUCUCCGCCACCCAACCCGUCCCCCAUUUGGUUAUGCCACCCAGAAGGUCUCGCUUCUAUUGUAAAUUUUGUACUAUAUACAAUGGUCUCUAUAAUGAAGGAACUUAAACUUAAACUUUAGCCCAUACACGCGGCUAGCGGUGUAUAUUAUGAAUAAUGAAUGAAUCGUUGAAGCUGUAACUCUUAACUGUACACUGUAGCAAGAACUUUUUAUACCUGUCGCAAAGGAGGCAGUGGGCGUGGCUGAGGACAAUUUUAGAGAAGAAACCCAAAGAUAGCGAAGACAUACCGAAAGAUGCACAACAAAGAUGAAAAUCCAAGUCAAAUUACAACUAUUUUUAAUAUUUACACUUAACUCAAGCGAUCUGCAAGAAAUUUCAAGAUUGUUAAUUACAAAAUGAAUGGAGUAUUAUGCAAACAAAUAUGAAUAUAUAGAUAAAUGGAUAAAUGACUAAUCGGUAAUCAGUAUUUAGUUUGUAAGUAUAUCCUUUGGUUCGGAAUAUUCGCACAGCCUUUCAGAGUCUAAUCUAUGAUUUCAUUUCUACUAUGAGUCGGUUUUUCUUCUGCCAUCGCCAAGACAUCGACAGUGAUCGGGGAGUUAGGAUCCCCAAGAGACAAACAUCGAAGUAGAGUCAACGCUGUACGAUCAUAAUUUCAGAAGCUCCUACGCUGUGUUCUACUCAACUAAAGCUCCUCCUUCACCCAGUAUCUUCCAGAAGGGCACUCGUUACUUUUCGAACUCCUCACUCCUCAAACUGCUAUCUUCCAGAAUUUUUGUGCAGCAAAACCAGUAAAGAGAUAAAUAGUUAAAUGGCUAAAUGGAUAAACAUAAAUAUAGGCAAGAGUUUGCUGUACUAACCAACCAUAACCACUGUGUUGAUAUGUGUACCUAUGAUAAUUUCCUAUAUCGAAUAGACAAAUUCCAGCACACAAGCGGGCAAACAGAAUAAACAAAAUCAAAUUAAAUUAUUCAUGUUACUAGCACUGGCUAAAAAAUACAAAAUACAAACUUAUGUGAAGCCAGCAGAGAAGGGAAAAUAUAAACCAAAGUGGAAUCUCAUUCGAAAGCGAAACUGUUAAGGAAUGCGAAAAUUGGCCAAACAAAGAGACCAAACGCAUUUCCCAGCCGCAACAAAACCAACAAGCAACUGAUACCAUUGAGAAUCAAGGCCAAAACACGCAUAAGCCUAUACUAUAACUAUAUAUAUAUACAUAUUUAAAUGUGCAAUUGUUGUGCUAGUUACUGAACACAAACGAUCCUACAAAGAGCCCUCCUACAUAUACAGAAGGCAAAUGCGAAUACAAAUACUUUUAAUUGCCACAUUUACAAGUGACCAGCAGGCGAGAUACAAAACGGCAACUAUUUUCGAUGAUAAAAGUUACGAGUACUUAUUUCCCCAUACAGGGCAGACUUUUAAUGAGAACAGCACACCCCCCCGAGCAGAUACUAAGUAUUUAGAACUAUUGUAUUUUUUGUAUGCCAAGACAGAACUACAUGUAAAACACUCUACCGCCGAAACUUGAUAUGAAUAUUUUGAGGAAAACUACCAGAAGAAUAAACAAAUGAUAUAGUUUUUUAAAUGUGAAUGCAUAUAAACUGUUUGUGUGUUUUGCAAAUACCAACGGGCCAGAAUUCAGGUUCCUAAGCUCCCCUCCGUAGUAUCUAAACAGAUAUGUAAUGCAAACACCGCGAACUCUUAACUAACCCUAAGUACAUAGUUGUGUGUCUGUGCAACAGCUAAUAUCAAAUCAAAACAAAUCGAUACGAAAGCGACAGGGAAAGUAAGAAUGAACACGAAGAAAACCCCCAACACAUAUUCAAUGUAAAUUCAACAAAUGCUGCAGAAAAAACAUUAUCAAAUUCAAUCAAUAAAUGUCAAUGAAUAAUUAA